UUCUUGAUAAGUCCACUCAUGUGGAAUUUUGUGUGGCCUGGCUGUCUUGAGUCUUGACAAAGGACAGUCGAAAUUACUGAUCAAUCACAAUACCAAUCUAUCGUCAAUGGAUCCCUCAGAUUCCAGUCUGAAUCUUUAGCAACCAUGGUGUCCAAGUGCUUCCAGCUCCGUCUCCAUCUCCAUCCCCACCUCUCGAUUUCCUCGGAUGGCCCAAAACAGAGAGCCCCUCGUUUUCUCACUCCUCAUCUCCUCCCAAUUGCCUCAACUGCCACCGGUUACCAACGUCAACUGCUGCUACAUAGAAGAUGUUCUUCUCCGGUGAUGGCUUCAAGACAUGACGACAGACCUAGUCCACAGUCCAGUUUCAAGGACUUAGAGCAGGACGGAGGCCUCACCAAUGAUGAUCUCAAGCCCACCACUCCCCAGCAGCGGACCUUCUCCGGCUGGGAGAUGGCCAGUCUCUGGGUGGGGCUGGUGGUGGGUGUGCCUUCCUACUACCUCGCCGGCAGCCUCGUCGACCUCGGCAUGGCUUGGUGGCAAGGAAUUGCCACUGUCGUCGCUGCCAACAUCAUCCUCUUGCUCCCAUUAGUCCUCACAGGACACCCAGGAACCCGUUAUGGCAUCUCCUUCCCUGUGCUUGCCCGGUCGGCUUUUGGCAUCCGAGGCGCCCAUAUUCCGACUCUGCUCCGUGCGCUGGUUGGCUGUGGGUGGUUCGGCAUCGAGACAUGGAUCGGUGGGGAGGCCAUUUUCCUCCUCUUGCCAUCACCCCUCAAACAGACCUCCUUUGCCCAUUCUCUGCCCUGGCUUGGCACCUCCCCACUUGAAUUCUCCUGCUUUAUUGCCUUCUGGCUAGCCCAGAUGGCCAUAAUAUGGAAGGGAAUUGAUGGGAUUCGGGACCUGGAGAAGUACUCAGCUCCAAUACUCAUACUUCUUACAUCCUGUCUUGUCGGUUGGGCUUAUAUCAGAGCUGGUGGCUUUGGCCACAUGCUCUCCUUGUCUUCCCGCCUGUCCUCUUCCCAAUUCUGGUCCCUCUUCUUCCCUUCCCUCACUGCAAAUAUAAGCUUCUGGGCAACACUUGCCCUCAAUAUACCUGAUUUCACUCGCUAUACCAAGACCCAGAAGGCUCAGAUCUUGGGGCAGGCUGGGCUUCCCAUCUUCAUGGGGGCAUUCACAUUUGUUGGCCUAGCAGUUACAUCCUCUACGAAAGUAAUCUUUGGGGAGAUAAUUUCCAAUCCAAUUCAACUCCUUGGGAAGAUUGGGGGAUUCGUGACCAUGAUCCUCGCCAUCGUCGGAAUCAGCCUCGCCACCCUUACGACGAAUAUCGCUGCAAAUGUGGUGGCCCCUGCCAAUGCCCUUGUCAAUCUCAGCCCUUCCAAGUUCACCUUCAGAAGGGGAGCUCUCCUCACAGCUCUGUUGGGGAUAGCUUGUCAGCCAUGGAGGCUCCUCAAAUCAAGUGAGAGCUUCAUUUAUACUUGGCUCGUCGGCUACUCCGCACUGCUGGGUCCAAUCGGAGGGAUAGUUCUCACUGAUUAUUACCUACUGCGUCAUACUAAUUUGGAUAUCAAUGCAUUGUAUUCAACCAAUCCUCGUGGCUCUUACUAUUACUCUGGAGGAUACAAUUUGGCAGCAAUUGCAGCUCUGGUAAUUGGAAUUUUGCCUGUGAUCCCGGGUUUCCUUCACAAGGUAGGAAUUGUGACUUCAAUUUCGGACUUAUUUGUGGUCAUUUACAACAAUGCCUGGUUCAUUAGCUUUUUCUCUUCUGGGACAAUCUUUUGGAUUCUUUCUAAAAAAGGUUCUACACCCAAAGAUCCCCUCCUGCCCGCAGAACUUUAAUACUGUUAUCUUUCAGUGAAAACAAAUUACAUUUGUACAUAAUUCAGGUGUUGCUCAUUAUUCUUGAUUUCCUUCAUUCUGGGAACCUGUUAUAUGUGCUUGUUAGCCUUCUUGUUUAUUGGAUCAUAUCUUCUUUGAGAGGAACCAGAAAAUACUGCAAAACUGUAAAAUGUAUUCUUGCUGCCAGUGCAGCUUGUUUUCUGUUCUUCUAAUUCUGUUGAGACAUGGUGAAUUUAUACAUAGAUUAUAAAGGAUGAGUACGAUUGAGAUA